AUGGACUAUGCUCAAUUUGGUGAUGUAGUGACCUUUGACACUACUUACAAAUUAAAUAACGAACAUACACCUUUUGGAACUUUUGUUGGAUUUAUUCAUCAUCGAGAAACUGUUAUAUUUGGUGCAGCGUUGAUGUAUGAUGAGACUGCCGAAUCAUUCACAUGGUUGUUUGAGAUUUUUUUGGAGGCAAUGUCAAACAAAGCUCCAAAAACAAUUUUCACAGAUCAAGAUGCUACGAUGGCUAAGGCCAUUCCAAUUGUCAUGCCUAGUACAAACCACCGACUUUGUACAUGGCAUUUGAUGCAAAAUGAUGUGAAGCAUGUAAGUUCCCUCUUUGAAGAUGUUGGGGUGAAGGGUGUGUUUUCAAAAUUUAUGCAUCAAAUUGAUGAUGAAGAAGAAUUCAAAAUACAAUGGGACCAAAUGCUUGGUAGGUAUGAUGCACGCAACAAUCAUUGGUUGGAGCAAAUUUUUGGUGUGAAGGAGAUAUGGGGAUGGCCAUAUAUUAUGAAUUCUUGGGCAGCUGGAAUGAGUACUACUCAACUAAGUAAAUCAUUCAAUGCAUUUUUAAAGGAUUAUCUCAAUUGUGAUCAUAACUUGAUGGAAUUUUUCAUGCAUUUUGAGAUGGUGCUCUAUGACAAGAGGUAUAAAGAAUUGGAAGCCGAGUAUAAUCUGUCCCAAAAAUUACCAAGGGUUUCCAUUCCAACUGUGAUGUUAAAGCAAAUGGCAAAUAUUUACACCAAAAUAAUUUUUGAGGAAUUCCAAAAUGAGUACGUGCAGUCUAUUGAAGCAUCCAUUGUAGGCACUAUUCAUGAUGGUGAGAGUACCAUAUUCACAAUUCAAACGGACGUAGAUGGAAAAAAAGAUAAGAAUGUGCUUAGAGAGACAGUCAAUGCAAAGGACCUUCCUGCACAAUACAUACUCAAACGAUGGACUAAAAAAGCAAGGGUUGAAAGUGUGAAAUAUAGGCGUGGGUAUGACGUCAAGGCUGAUGUGAAACUACAUCAAAGCGACCGAUAUAGGUCAUUGAUGAAUAUGUUUAGAGCAAUAGCAAGUAGAGCCGCCAAAAGUGAAGAAACUUAUCAUUUGUCACUUGUAAAAGGUGAAGAACUGAGUGUCAUGGUUGAAGACAAAUUAAGUGUGCACACUUGUGGUGAAGUGGAGAUCACUGAAUUAAGAAAUUCCUCAGCUAACACAUGCCCACAGAGUGAAGAAGUAGAAUGUCCAAUCCAAGCCAAGGGACUCAAGAAAAGACAAGCAACUAGUAAGGGAAGAAGGAUGAUCAAGGACGGGAUGGAAAAAAUCUAUUGCAAAGAAGAAAAGAAUGCAAUCUAA